GUGAAAGAGAUGAGACACAUUGAAGAAUUGAUUUCUCAUAUCGAUCAGCUAUUGAAGAGCAUUGACCAGGGAAGCAUUAAUUCAAUUGCCCUUGAGAAGACGGACCUGGGUUUAUUUAUCACUUCUGGUGGUACUUUACUGGAGAAGAUAUUGAAACGAUCUUACAGACAUAUAUGCAAGAGGGUUACCAUGCCAAUGCUUGACCAAGAAACUCGGAAAUUGGUGAUUGAUAUAACAAAAGAAGCAGCGCAAAUUCAGUGGGUGGGAAUAGUGCUUUCAGUUGUAGGUUUCGUGUUGGAAAGAAUUGAGCAAGUUUCUUCCAACAGAGAGGAAUGUAUAGAGCUGCUGAGACACAUGUGUAACCUUGCAAAAUACAUCAAGCAGUUGGAUCAUCAUUUGCCUGAGGAGAAGCUGAAGCGGGUUAUUCAAUUCGUUGUGGAAGGUUCACUACUGUGCAUAUCGCAAAUGCAAUCUCAUGCGCUCCACAAGUUUUUCGCUGCUCCUGUUGCGGCAGAAGAUUUGCAGAGAUUACAAAGACAACUUAGGCAAGAGUACUCGGAGCUCUCAUUGGAGGCGAUAAUCGCCGUCUUGAAUAGUAUUCCAGUUGUGUUACCUCCCUCCCAAGGGAAAUCGCCCCGGGCAGUGGGUAUUGAGGAAGCUAGAACUUUGGUGACUAAACUUCUGGAGAUGGAAAAUAAAUCUGUUAAGGUGGUCGUCAUUUAUGGACAAGGCGGGAUAGGGAAGACAACUUUAGCUACUACAGUUUUCAGUAAUCUCGACUUACAAAACUACAAAUAUUGUAGAGUUGAUAUGGAACAGAAUUGUUCAGAUGCUGAUCUUAAGUUGCUGCAACAGCAAAUUUUAAGAGAUCUUUAUGGCAGUAAUAUUCAAUUGAGAAAUUUGAAUGAAGGUCGGGAAGAGUUAUCCAAAGACUUUAAAAAACACUCUUCUAAACCUGUUUUCGUUUUUGUUGACAAUGCACUCAAGCAAAAUGACUUAGAAGAGCUUGAUGGUUAGAUGAGCAAUUCAAGUUGUGUAAGGACACAUUUCCUCUUGGCACCAUUGUCUCUAUCGUUGAUUUCACUAAAAAUUAUACACUACAACCUCAAAAUGAAGUGCAAUCCAUGUAUUAUCACUCUACACAAGUUUCUAUUUUUGUACAGAUAGCAUUCAUGCAUGCAGAUGAUAGCACAGAGGAGGAUAGAAAGGUUGUAAGAGAGUAUCACUUCUACAUAAGUGAUGAUCGUACUCAUUCAUUAGAGUUUGUACAAGGAUGCUUUAAAGUUUUCUAUGAUAGUUUAAGGGAAAGGAACAUACGAUACAACCGACACUUAAUAUGGUCAGAUAAUUGCACCGCACAAUUCAAGAAUGCAAGGAUGUUUUAUUGGUUGACAAGGAUGCAUGUGACAAGUGGUGUACAACAUUUUUGGAAUUUCACUGAGGUUGGACAUGGUAAGGGAGAGCACGAUGGUGCAGGAGCAUGUGUGAAAAGAGCCCUAGCCAGGGAAGAAUUGAAGUACGAAGGUGGUGCUGAGUUGGUAAAUGCAGAAACAAUUGUGCGAUUGUGUAAGUCUACGAUGGGUCCAGGUAAUCCAAGUACAUCAUUGGUUCAUAGAUAUUUUUGGUUGAUUACUGAAUCUAACAUUCAAAACUAUCUAGAUUGUUGUACAGUUGCAGGAUCGAGUGACAUGCACUCAUUUAUGAGUUCAAAUUCAAGUUCACUGGUGAUUUAUACGAGACAGAUGGUAUGUUUUUUCUCUUCAUGCAUGUAUUGUUUGUGGGAAGAAUGUGAAUCAAAAGAGUGGGUUGACAAAUGGUCUUGUAGACCGUCGGUUCCCAUUGAUUCAUAUCAAAUUCCCAAAGCACUACAAUUAAGCCAGAUGGAGACAUCAGUGGAUUUUGACCAUGUAUCCGACCUAGUGGAUUCAGGUCAUGUGUAUGCAGUUGUUGCAGAAGAGAACAAUGAAGAAGGAACAUAUUACUAUUUGUGUCGUUGUGUUGAGCCUAAAAGAAAAUUGACAACCACAAUCAUUGACGGAGAGGGUAUUGAGUACCCAAUAGGGUCUGUUUUUGUGACAGGAACAUGGCUUCGAAGAUACCCUAUCAAGAAUUCUGAUGUUUGGUUGUUCGAGGACUUUGAAACACACAGACAUAUUCUUCAUUUCUCUAACCUUGUUGUUGCAACAAAUAUUCAUUUGAUGAAGUAUCGUGGUAGACCUCAUAACAAUAUUUUAUGGAAAGUUCGUGAAUUUGACCACGAGGCAAUACUUGACACAAUAUGGGUUAGAGCCGAUCCUGAAGGCUCACUUGAUUGAUUCUACGGUUCAGAGUAGAAUCAUUUUGAGAAUUUUGUAUAAAUCGUCGACGAAUUGUUCUAUAUUCGUUUUUUGUAUAUAUAAAUGCCCAUGAGCUGAUUUUUACAUGUUUAGGGGCAUAAUUUUGUAUAUUUAAGUGGCAAUGAGCUGAUUUGUACAUAUGUACAUGCCAAAUUUUGUAUAUUAAAAUGGCGAUGAGCUGAAUCGCACAUAUUGUAAUGCCAAAUUUUGUAUAAAAGCCCAUGAGAUGAUUUGUAUAUUAAAAUGGUGAUAAGUUAAAUCGCAUAUAUUGUAAUGCCAAAUUUUGUAUAA